CCCAAUGCACUCUUCAUCAUCUCAAAUAUAUCAUUCCACCCAUGGACGAAUUUACGGAGCUUGAGGCACAGGCCUCCUCUGAUGAAGAAAACCUUUCUAUGCACGAAAACCAGUUCCACCCCAGAAACUAUGGAUUCAAAUGGCCCGAUGCAGAAACAGCAGAUAUACGUGCUGAAUUGAUGCGACGGGGCCUAAGCCAGUAUGGCUGCAGAGAAGAGCUAUGCGACAGACUGCGGGGAGACAACGAGUUCGUCUUAAGCUCGGAGGGAAGACAUGAUAUCUACGAACGCAAGUUGGCCGUCAUUAAAGACCAAGAAGCGGCUGCAAAUCUUGUCCCUUUCCAGCGGUUCUCAGAUCUGCCAACCGAGCUGCGAUUCAAAAUUUGGAAGCUCUCACUACCUGGUCCGCGAGUGCUGUCGGUCAGCGAUUUUCGCAAAGGCUCUGCUGCAAUGCUUCAUUUCCGCGAGCACGACAACAAGCCAAACCCAGCGGCACUUACUGUGUGUCGAGAAUCCAGAGAAAUCGCGCUCCGGAGAUACCGUCUCUGCUUUGGAACACCAAACAUAUAUGCAGACCUCACAUCGGAUAUUCUCUAUUUUGGAUCGAAUUGGGAUUGUGUUAACGUGUUUCGCAAUGGUGUUGUUGCCUGGGCUUCGUGGAUCAAAACUGCAAUGAGGGCUAGAGGUCAGGAGAUGCCGAAUGUCUUGAUAUCAGACUUGCAACAAGUUAAGAAUCUCGCUCUACCACGUCGCAUGUGGGACAUGAUAACACACCUGGGAACAGGAGAUCGCGUAUCUGCUGGUAUUGAGCUACGACGCAAGCUGAUAUUAUGGGUUAGCCUUAAGCAGUUGAUCCUCGUUGAAGAUGACAAGAAGGACGUGGAUAUGUUAUUUUCACUUACGCCGGGCCAUACAAUCUUUGAAGACUCCACACAUCCGUGCGAAGACGCAGAGCUCGCUCGGGAAGGCUUUCUCAAAUGAUGUCCAGAUGCAGAAUAUGCUCGAGACCAUUUCCUCAACAACACUUUGCGAAAGGAUUUCGUACCCAAGAAUGAACCAGACCAUGUUCCUGAGGUUCGCAUUGUUCGUCAACAACGAGUGACCAA